UACGGGCUCGUAGUUUCCGGUAUUAGCUCGUGGAACUGUUCAGCUGGGACGCUUAUGGGCAUGGCGGUUUUUGCAGGCCCAGCCAAGCCGCUCCUGUCCCUGAACCCGCAGGAGGAGGCCAGGUUUCACCAGGAGGUGGCUCAGGUUCGCCGGCGCGCAGCUAAGCAACAGAAGCAAGAAAAAGAAAAACUUACUCCUGGAGUAAUUUAUGUGGGCCACCUACCUCCAGCACUUUAUGAAACCCAGAUCCGAGCAUAUUUCUCCCAGUUUGGCACUGUUACAAGAUUCAGAUUGUCCAGAAGUAAAAAAACUGGAAAUAGCAAAGGCUAUGCCUUUGUGGAGUUUGAAUCUGAAGAUGUUGCCAAGAUAGUUGCUGAAACGAUGAACAAUUACCUUUUUGGUGAAAGACUUUUAAAGUGUCAUUUUAUGCCACCUGAGAAAGUACAUGAGGAACUUUUCCGAGAGUGGCAUAUUCCAUUUAAGAAGCCAUCAUACCCAGCAGUGAAAAGGUAUAAUCAGAAUCGGACACUUCUUCAAAAGCUGCGGAUGGAGGAGCGAUUUAAAAAGAAAGAAAAAUUACUCAGGAAGAAAUUAGCUAAGAAAGGAAUUGAUUAUAACUUUCCUUCAUUGAUUUUACAUAAAAAGGGAAAAAGCAAUACUCCAAACACUGAUCUUUGGAAAUCCACAAAUAGCCAGGUUUUACCUAGGAAGAAGGAAAAAAAGAUUUCAGUCACACCUAAUACUCUUGAGAAGACUGCGAGCAGCCAGGACCCUACACCAGUUUGUACACCAACAUUUUUGGAGAGACGAAAAUCUGAAGUGGCUGAAAUGAAUGACAAUGAAGAUAAUGAAAUAAUUUUUAAACAACCCUUAUCUGGCAUAAAAGAAGAAACACAAGAAACUAAAACACCUACACAUUCAAGGAAAAAAAUACAAAGAAAAAACAAUCAGUGAUUCUGAAUAUAUCAUAUAUACUUUUGGAAAAUGUGAUUUUAUUUUGAGGACUGAAUAUCUUUUGUUUUGUUUCUGUAUUUAAAUAGAUAAAGUAGAGUGCAGCUUUUGACAAGAUUAGAAGAAACACUGUUGGUUCAUGUCCAUAAGGAAAGGAAUCAGUAAUUGUGGCUUGCCUGCCCUAGCUGAAAUUUAGGAGUACACACCAUCUUACCUUAGGCAAGCUCACAGUGCCUGUGUCCCAGUCUCAUAGUUUUUGUUUGCAGAUUUCAUCGCUGUCUCUAGUGACUCUCCCUGGAUAAAAGGGUCACCAUUAACUGCAAGUUUAAGUACUAAACUGCAGUGUUUGUUGUUGACGCCAAAUAAAUAAAACCUUGCUUAAUUGA